AUGAGACCAACAUUUUUAAGUAUUUUUAGAAAUCAAUUAAUUAGACCUAUAAUAAUGUCAAGUAUUCAUAUAAUAAGUCAUCCAAUUCUACCAUCUCCUCCAUCUACUCACCCUAAACAAUAUAAAAUUGAAACUUGUAAAGUUGAAGGACAUAAAGAGGUGAUUAGAUUUAAAUGUACAGAAUCACAAUGUCAAUCUCAAAGGAUAUGUGCUGAUUGUAUUGUUGACAAUCACAAUACUCAUCGUUUAGAGGUUUUGGAAGAAUAUCGUUUAUUCAAAGAACAACAAUUAUUAUUACAACAACAAAAAGAAAAAGAAAAAGAAUCAAAACAACAAUCACAACAAUAUCUAACUGGAAAAGAGAUAAAGACAGAGUUAUCAUUAUUGUAUAGAUGUCAAAUGACAGAUGAUUUCAUUAGACAUUGUAUAAUUAGUAAAGAUCAAUUAUCUCAUUUCAUAUUGGAAUCAUAUAAUAAUAGUAAAAAUAUACAUAUAUUUCAUGAUCGAAUGAAAUGGGUAUUUACUUUAAAUUUGGAUGUUAAUCUACUUUUGGACAGUAUUCCUAAAGAUUGUUGUCCAGACAUUCACCAUUUUUUAACAACCAAAUUACUCUAUGGUCAUAAAAUCUAUACUCCAGAGAUAUUGAUGACAUGGGCAUCAAAACAUGGUUACUCGGUCAUUGUCAUGAGAUCAAGUUGGAAUAGACAAGUUAGUUUGGAAACUUUUGACAAAGUUCGAAAGAUAGCAGAUGAGAAUGGACAUGUUCAUGUUAAAGAUUAUUUGGAUCUAUCAAAUUAUCGUCAUAAUAGAAUUUCAAUAAACACAAACCAUUGUAAAUAA